UGUGAGUCAGUAGCCACCUUGAGAGGGAAAAGCCCAGGGAGGAGAGCCAGGUACUUCACAACUUGUAGGAUUUCAUCGACAUUUUAUUUUAGCAGAUGGAGAACGUACACUUCACUGCUCCUGACAACUGACCAGACUCCAACCAAGGCUGCAUGCACCCGGACCCGGUCUGAACCGACGGUGAACCCCCGCCACCCCCCGCCCAAACCGAGCUCACGUUGCGAUUUCCUCAACUGAAGUGGAUUCGUCCAACGUGGCAGUAACUAAUGCUGCAUUCAAGCAUUAUGGUGUACAGUUGAAGACCUAUGAGCACAUUAGCCAACAGUUAAAAUAUGCAAUCAAUCAAGCAAGAGGUGGACAGCGAGGCCUACAGUGGAGACGAUGCUCUGGUCCUGGCAAACAGAGACGUGAUGGGCCACAACAUCUCUGGCAUUCCCUUCAAAACUAAAACUUCCUGUCGCAGGAAAAGAGAGUUCAUCCCAGAGGAGAAGAAGGACACCAUGUACUGGGAGAGGCGCCGCAAAAACAACGUAGCGGCCAAACGCUCCAGGGAGAAGCGGCGCAUCAACGACAUGGUGCUGGAGAACAAGCUGAUGGCCCUGGGAGAGGAAAACACCUCCCUGAAGGCCGAGCUGCUGUCCCUGAAGGUGAAGUUCGGCCUGGUGAGUCUGGCAGCGUAUUCCCAAGAAGUCCAGAACUUAUCCAGCUCCAGCAAUAUCAACGUCUACCAGGAAGUAGUCCCACCCAGCGCCAGCCAAAGUUCUUCCAGCAGGGUUUUGGAGCCUCUUCACUCACGCAGCAGCUGCAUAUCAGUCAUCAAGCAUUCACCUCACAUGCCCGAGACUCAAGGGGUCAAGAAAGAACCAGCAGAGAACGCACAAGAGAGAAGAAGCCCCUACGAACUGUACAGAAACUACAUCACCAGCCCUCUUUCUGGAGUCUAUCCGCAGCCCGCCGCCUUCCUACAUCUCACCCGAUCCUCCAGCAACUCCCCCAGGAGCUCAGAAGAUGGCGCUGUUAGCAAAUCAUCCGACGGUGAAGAUGAGCAGCAGGUCCCCAAAGGUUUAACGCCGUCUGCAGCCGACCCACGAAGCGUCAUCGUCUCCACACACAAAGUGCCGGAUGCCAGUUGUUCAGCUUUGCCCCACAAGCUGCGGAUCAAAGCCAGAAGCAUCCAGAUUAAAGUGGAGGCCAUCAACCCGGAGUACCCUGUCGCAGUCUCAGAAGAAGGAGGAUUCUCCACUCAGUCGUCCCCCUGCCCUCUUUCUCUCCAGGUCACCAACAUGCAGAACUGGAACCAGCAACCGUGGCACAGAAGCAGCUCAGACACACUGCAAAACAAACCCAUCGCGGAGGUUAAAGACCGCUCCUAUGCACCCUCAGAGGACUUGUAUCUGAGACAUGGUCCCCCCUAUCUGCCUGCUCUGAAAAGACUGAUCCAAGCACAGCACUCUGGGUCUCUGAUGGACUCGAGCAGAAGCACAGAGUCGAUAUCGAAAGGCUGUUCCUCUGCAUGACCGUAGUGUCUUUUAUACUUCCCACUGUACUUGCUGUUGCACUGUGUGGUUAAACAAGGUUUGGAUAUGUGGUGAUUUUCAAAUGUUGGAGCACAAUGUAAGGUUGAAAACACAUUGAGGAGGGGAGGAGCUACCUGUACUGUAAUGUCACAUUCAAAUAUAAUGUAGGCCUAGAAUAGCACAGCGUUAUUCAUUUCAUCAGUACAAAAAAUUCUGUUCACCCGAGUUACUCUUCUAUAUUCAUACAAAUACUGCUUUCAUUCACCUUUUCCAGACCACUGCCACUACCUGAUCUGUACCGGAAACAAGAUUUGUUCUGUGCAUGAACGCAUUUUAGGUACUUUUUGUCACUGAUAUCAUUUUACGGCAAUUUUGAUCUAGUGCUGAUAUCAUAAGGUUCUAUUUUUGUAUUUGUAACAUAAAAAAAACCCAUUCAAGUUCAUAUAAAAAAAAUGUUUGUUGAAUAUUGUAUAUGUACAAAACACCACUUUCAAAAUAACAAAUGCUAAUAAUAAUAAUGAACACAUAAAAACUGACAAGACAUUGAAUAUAUAAAUUACAUUUAAAAACAUAUAUAAUAUCUUUAGAAAUACAAAUAAUAAAAUAUGUAGAGUGGGAAUUUUACAACCCUUAAAUUUGAUAUGAAAAAGUAUCUUAGGUUCAAAUAAGUAUACGUAAUUUUUCAUCGUUGAAUGACCUUCCCAAUUACUUUAUUAAACCAAUGCUAACAUUUUAACAGCUUUUCUUUGAUAAUAUAUUACGAAACUAGCUCCGUAUUUUAGGCAUUCUUUACAAAAACAACUUAAAAAUUAUUAAUAUAAUAAGGAAAAAUCUUAAAUUUCAGAACAAGUCAAACCAAAGACAGCAUUAUUUUAUAUAAAUCCCAGAAAACUGCCGUAAUUCCCACCAUUUUGUUCAGAAUUGUUCAGGUUUUUUCCACAAAUCAGGUUUCAGGUACAGAUCGGGAAGCACCAACCACUCUCUGUGUCAAUGAAACGAAACACUUCCUGCUAACUCAUUACCUCAAGGUAGCUGGAAGGAUUUAAUUGGGAUAAAUCAGUUGAGUUUUAGCAAGUGGCUUGAUCAGGAAUCUAAAAAACGUCAUGUUAAAGUUGGGAUGAAUUGGUAUGACCUGACUCUCUUCUUUAGUCAGUGUAAUGUGCCUAAAGGAAACCAAGCAUUGACUGCCUAACAAAACAUAUGAUAUUACGUUUACCUGCCACUAUUUGAGAAGUUACAGAAUCAUUUACCAAAGGCUAAUUGACUUCUAUAACUGGGUCUGCCCUUCACUAUAAUGGAGGUAUAAGUCGAAGGCCCCCGUUAGCGCUCUGCUUUGCUUUAAAGCUGUUUCAAAUGAGGUAUUAUGGUUACUGGAUCCAUCUGUAUUCUGGUGUGGUGCCAGGUCUACUUACCUCUGCUUUGAGUGAAUAUCGUGCCAUGCUUUUUUCUAUUGGUUUGUAAUUAUCUGCACAAUUUCCAAGACGUUCCCUAAAAGAAAUGUUGUAAUUUGAUACUCAUUAUAGGGGGAAAGAGAUGGACUAUGAUUCAAAUUAAGUGCAGAUGAACACCCGAACACCUGAACAUGCAAAACUACGGAUUUUUCAAACAAACCAACCCAAUUAAAUGCCUUUUUCUUUAGUAGAGGACACCCUAUUUCCCCUAGAAUUGGUACCAAACUCAACGUUCUUUUAUGGAGCUUUCUAACAAUCAGGACCCUAAAUGCAGCCUUUCUGUCUCCUCCUGGUUGACCAAUCAGAUCUUGGAUAUGUUGCACUCCAUUGUCUCUGCUGUAGUUUUUGAAUAUGCAUAACAAGUUACACACCUGGGCUUUUACCUAAGCAUUUUUAAAAGGCUCUGUUGCACUGGUUCACCGUUUGCCAAAACGCUUUUUUCUUUGUUUUUUUUGUGGAUUUGUAAACCUGACCUGGUUUAAACUGAGACUGUGUUUGAAACUAGCUGGAGAUUUGUGAUUCUGACGGAGCUGAGAACUGAAUGACUGAAUAAGCACAGUGUAUCCUCAAUCAAUUGACAUCUGUUUUAUCAAAGAGUGUCCAGAGAUUCAGUGUGUUAUCCGCUCGAUUGAAUGCAUUUUUUAAUUUCCUUUUGCUAUUUGGUGGUGAUACAAACAAACCUCCUGACCUUCUCUGUUGUUCAAGUGCAUUCCGAAUCUGAACACUUUUCUCAAGGUUUAUUGUAACGGUGAGUUUUGUUCACAAUAAAUGUCUAAUCACUGAAUCGAG